UGCCCUCAUCGCAACACACGCUCUCUCGGCAACUUCUACAUUCUUUCCAUUGCAGCAUUUUUUACACGACUAGCAGGGCUAGCUCAUCCACAUUCUCUUCAAUUUUAACAUUCUACUGUCGUUGUACGAUAUCACUACUACCAUCAGCACCAUGUCUCUCCGAUCUAUCUCCAUAGCUGCGGCUGCCAUCUUCGCUACUUCCAACGCUCACAUGAUCAUGAAAUCUCCUGUACCAUACAGCGCAGACAAGAUCGACAACGCACCCAUCACCGCAUCGCAAUACCCGUGCAAGUCCAAUCUUGGCUUCACUGUCUCCACUAUGAACUCGAUGGCUGUGGGCGAGAAGCAAUCGCUCACUUUCUCUGGAAGUGCUGUUCACGGGGGUGGCUCGUGCCAGCUCAGCGUAACUACAGACACCGAACCUACAAAGGAUUCCGUCUUCAAGGUCAUCAAGUCUAUCGAGGGUGGCUGCCCUGGUAUCGACGGACCCGAGGCUUUCGACUUCGAGCUUCCUGACAGCAUUCCUAAUGGCAAGGCUACCUUUGCUUGGACAUGGUUCGCCAAAUUGAGUGGCGGCCCAGAAAUGUAUAUGAACUGCGCACCCAUCGAGGUUACUGGUGGUGCCAGCGACAAGUCCAAGUUCGACGCCCUCCCGGAUAUGCUCGUCGCCAACAUCGCAUCAACCACUUGCAAGCAGGAAGUCAGCAAGGACUUGAAGUUCCCCAACCCUGGUUCAAACCUCCAAAGUGGUGCAGAUGCCGGCAAUGUUGUUGACCCCACUGGCGACUGCGGAUCUACUGGUACUACUCCCUCUGAUCCUUCUGAGCCAUCUUCCCCUGCUGGUGGCGAGCCUUCAGCUGCUCCCUCAUCUCCUGCUGGUGGAGAGCCAUCUGCUGCUCCCACUUCUGCAAACGAUGGUCAGUACCAUCCUGCUCCUACUACCCCCGCCGCGGGCCAGCCAUCUGCCGCUCCCACAUCUGUUGCUGGUGGCGAGUCAUCUGCUCUCCCACCUAACGGCGGUGGUAUCUUCGCUCCCGGAGCUUCCAGCGCUGCAUCUGCCGCUCCACCAGCUGCACCCACAGUGCCAUCGACCUCUACCACACUCGUUACCGUCACCGCCUCGCCCACUGCUCCCUCUCUGGCCGCACCCACCGUUUCUGCUGGAACCGGCUCUCCUGCCGCUCCUUCCACACCUUCCACUCCUUCAGCUGGUGGCGCGGGCACUUGCACCGAGAACGGCUCGGUGGUCUGCAACGGCGCCGAUCAAUUCGGUCUCUGUAACAACGGCGAGGUCGUCUGGCAAGCAGUUGCAGCCGGCACAACCUGUGUCAACGGCAGCAUCACAAAGCGUGGCUACAACGGACGCAUCGCUCGUCCUCGUUGGUCCAGCCGCCGCGUUGUCAACUAAACGCACAAUGCUUCAUGACACGCAUCGCUCACGAAGACACAUGUUGAUACAUGACUACAUUCACACACUCGUUUCUUCCGCUUUUUUUUUCAACCGGGAAUGUGGUCUGGGACCGAAUUUUCCGUUGUACAUACCCAAAGCUUUUUUCCGCAUCUAUUGGCGUUCUGGAUUUGGGACUUUUCGAAAUUUUCGAUCGAACAUUAAGGGGUUUGAAAUUCGACGGGGUCACAAGGAUGCAUGUCGAUAGCCAAAAUCACCCUCGGCUUAGAAGCCUUAGAAACGAUAUCUGAUACCAUGGCCUUUUCCGACUCUAUUGCGUGACUGUGUCAUCUGUCGUUCCUAGUGCGUACUGAAACCGGCUGAGAGGUAAUUUGCCGUUUGCUGAAAUAGUGAACUUGAUGUUGGAUGAUGUUGUUGGUUGAUUGACAGGUUGGUGAUCCUACAAUUCGUCCAUUUCACAUUAC